GUCGCGCGGAUAGUACACUUCCUCAACAAGAGGCUGGUGGGAAAGACCAUAGCAAAGGCCUCUGCCAUAGACGAUAGCAAUGUCUUCGGCAAGGUUGGAACUAGCGGAAAAGAGGUAGAAGAAGCCUUGAAAGGGAGAACGGUUAUAUCGGCGGGCAAUCAAGGAAAAUACUUUUGGAUAACCUUGGAUAAACCGCCUCAUUUAGUUAUGCAUUUUGGCAUGACUGGCUGGGUGCACAUUAAUGGCGAGAAAACGGCUUAUACAAACUACUACAAGAAAAUGAAGGAAAGCGACAUUGCCCAAUGGCCUCCCAAAUUCUGGAAAUUCCAAAUCAGCACCACUGACAAGGAGCCCGUCGAAGUCGCAUUCACCGACGCCCGGAGAUUCGGCCGCGUGCGGCUCGUCGACUGCCCUGGCGAUUCCAUUCGAAAAUACUCCCCGCUUGUGGAGAAUGGACCGGAUCCCGUGGUCGACAAGGACAUCUUCACGGAAGAGUAUCUUCGCGGCAAGAUACAAUCCCGUCACGUCCCCAUCAAGGCGCUGUUGCUUGACCAGACUGUCAUCAGCGGCAUCGGGAACUGGGUUGCCGACGAGACGCUCUACCAGUCCAAGAUCCAUCCGGAACAGUACUCGGAUACUUUUAGCGGCAAGGAGAUUGCGCGCCUGCACGAGGCUAUCCGCUAUGUCUGCCAGCUAGCAGUGGACAAGCUCGGCGACUCGAAUGAGUUCCCUGAACACUGGCUCUUCAAUCACCGAUGGGGCAAAGGAGAUAAGAGCUCAGCGCCCAAGCUUCCAAAUGGCGAGAAACUCGCCUUCAUAACGGUUGGCGGACGGACUAGCUGCUAUGCCCCUGGUGUACAAAAGAAGACUGGCGCUGUCGUUGCCGGUGCCAAAACAGAA